CCGCUCCUUGCCUGGCUCCCCCAUCGCACCUGAACCUUGGAUAUGGAGAGAUAGCUUUGGAGUCCCUGGAGGGAAGAAAAUACACACCCCUCCCCCGACGCAGGGGAAGGAGGCCUUUUCUGGCCAUGUCUUCUGUAGCAACUGCAGAGCCAGAUGGGGACCAGAGGGACAGGCGUGUCAGCAAGCUCAUUUUCUUCCUCUUUGUCUUCGGUGCAGUCCUGUUGUGUGUGGGAGUCCUGCUUUCCAUCUUUGGGUACCAGGCAUGCCAAUACAAACCCCUCUCACACUGCAGUACAGUGCUGAAGAUCGCCGGGCCGUCGUGUGCUGUGGUGGGGCUAGGGGCUGUGAUCCUGGCCCGGUCCUGGGCUCGCCUACAGUUCCGAGAAGCCCAGCGUCGAGGCCACCAGAACCCAGACCAAGUUUUCUUCUGUGGAGAGAGCCGCCAGUUUGCUCAAUGCCUCAUCUUCGGGUUUCUGUUCCUGACCAGCGGCAUGCUCAUCAGUGUACUGGGCAUUUGGGUGCCUGGAUGUGGCUCAGACUGGGUGCAGGAGCCACUGAACGAGACAAACACUGCUGAAGCAGAGCCCCAGAUCUGUGGUUUCCUUUCUUUACAGAUCGUGGGGCCCUUGAUUGUGCUAGUGGGCUUAUGUUUCUUUGUGGUGGCCCACAUUAAGAAGAGAAACAACCUGAGUUCCAGCCGUAGUACCCCUGAAAGUGAAGAGGGACACAGGCACAGUACUGAGCCUGUCCAUGUCACUGUGGGUGACUCGGUGAUAAUAUUCCCACCCCCUCCACCACCGUACUUUCCUGAGGCUUCAGCUUCCACAGGAACCAGAACUCCUGGGACUAACAGCUUGCUCCCAAUUGAAAACCCACCUUCCUAUUCCAGUCUUUUUAAUUAUGGCAGGACCCCAGCUCCUGAGAACCAGGGCACAGCCUCUGAGAGAGAGCGGGAAUUCAUAUACACUAUUUCUGGGAUGGGCUCACCAUCCGAGAGCUCAGUCACUGCGUAUCUUCCAUCGGACUUGCCUCCUAGAUAUGAAGAGAAAGAAACCGCCCCAGCCACGUCCUUGGCUCCCUCUUCCGAGUCAGCCCCAUAA